AUGGCGGAGGCGGUGAAGGCUUUCUUUCAAGCGCUUCCUCUGCAGCACUUCUUCUGCUUCGUAUGUGAACAGGUUGAAGAAGGAGAGGAUGUGUGCAUCUCCCUGAUGCUGCUGGGUUGCAUGGGCUUCAUGAUGGCCACCUUCUACUUGGUAAAUUGGCCAGAUGAUGAUAUCCAGCAGAUCACCUGGGAAAUCAUAAGCUCCACAACCAGCAUUUUCGGAGCCUUGCUGAUGUUUCAGGGCUGCAAUCGCGUGGUUCACUACUACUUCCUCGAUCACGUCUCAAGCUGGCAUCAGCUGGUUGUGAACAUGCUGCAUAUGAUGCUGUGGUUUUGUGUUCUUCAGCUCGUCUUGGCAUACUAUUCUGGAGCAGUGGGACAGCAGGAGGCUCCCGCCGCCAGGCGUGCAGCCUUGUCCCGAGCAAGCUGCGACAUCCCAUUGCGCUCGGUGCACUUGGAGUGCGCGGAGAAGCAUUUGCAUCAGAUCCGGUUGAACACUCAUGCCUGGGCUGUGCUCCUAGGGCACGUCACUGGUUUUGCGGCCGUGAACGCCUGGAGCAGCGUGCAGCAAGCGAUUCCAAGGGCUUUGUGUCCUGCAGUUCCUGUGGCUGCCUACCUCGGCAUUUCCUAUAUCUAUAGAACCACAGCGCGCUGGCGCUAUGAGAGGACCAUGGCAGACGGCGAGGAGGACGAGUACGAAGAGAUCUGGGGGGAAUGCGUCGCAGAGACGGAAGAUGAAGUCAUCUCCCUGUCUGUGUCAUUCCUCAUUGCACAGGUGUUGCGUUUGUGCAUCACUGGCGAGCUGCCUGGUCUGUCCGGCGAGGAUACAGAAGGCACAUGGCAUUCGACCGCGAACUGUGUUCUGCUGCUCUCGGUGGGCCUCGUCUUGGGCGUUAGCGAGCUGGCAAGACUGGCUUAUGCCAGAUCUCGUGGCAAAGCUGCGCCAAGUGAUGAGGAGACGGAAGAUCGAAGCGCGAAUUGGUAUCAAAAGAUCGCGGCUAUGAGCUUUGGCUGGUGUUUCCACAUCUCGGUCGACUGGUGGGUUGCUUCCAGCCUUCACAUGGAUAAAUCCAUGAAGGCCGUCGUCUCGGCUCUUGCCGGGACCUGCUUCGCCUUUCUGCUGAUCUUCGGCCUAGACAAGGUUGCAGACAUGAAUGCCCACGACGCAGAAGUGGACUGUGCCCUCCGCACCAUCAUCACGGCCUUGGGAAUGCUGGUUGGCAUCUCAUGGGAGCGCUGCUUCGACGCAGCGGUCGCAGGAGUAGCAGAGAAGCACGUGGGCCGCUUGCCGCCACCUGUGAUGAACCUCCUCCUGGCAAUAUUGCUGGCUGCCAUGGUGCUUCCUGCGUGGAAAUGGUAUAUCCAUCCCAAACUCCACAACGAGCACCAACAGGAGGGCGAGGACGUCGGUUCCGACUUGGGGGAAGCCACCCGACUUUUCGGGAGGCUUGGAGAUUCGCAUCCCAUCAUUUGCAGGACAGCAAAGGCAGAUUUGUAUGACGUGGUCCCGUUGUCCUGCCGCCCUGGGCCAGAAGAGGAUGACUCUGAAAAGAAGUCGCAUGAGAAGUGCAUAGAGGCAGUCUCGGGCAAUCUCAAGGCAGCACCUGUGGACACCUCCUUGCCCUCGGCAGAUGAAGUUGGCUUGGAGGCAAGGGAUUUCCAGUCCCAGAACCCUCAGCUUUCUUCGACCAGCGAAGCGUGCCCUGUGGGGAAGGAAGUCUACUUGCUCCCAGAUGAUCUGGAUGACCUGGACGUCGUCUCCUUGGGCAUGCCCAAUCGUCUUUGUUCCGCUCCUGUAUUCGGGAAGUGCAAAUCCACGCUGGUCUCGAUCUAG